AUGACGGGCCCAGUUCUUCAUGACCGCCAAAUCGAUGGGGUCGGCCGCAACGACGAUACCGGAAUUCCAAUCCCUGUUGUCGAUGGUCGAUCCGACCAUCACCGCCCUGCUUAUCCCGACGUACUCGACAUCCCCAAAUCUCACAAGGCGAUACAGAAACGGCCGGCCGAGGCAACCGCGAGAUUGGGUUGA